AUGUCGACAACCCUGGGCGGACGAGUUGCAAUUGUGGGGACUGGCCACCGCGCUGCGAUGUUCGUCCGUGGGAUAGUCGCCCGCCCAUCGAGCGUUGUAGUCGCCAUCUGCGAGCCCAACCGCAUUCGCGCGGCAAGCUACAACAAGCUUCUCACCGAACUUGGCGCCCAAGCGGUCCCCGUUUACAAGCCCCAAGAGUUCAAGGACAUGCUUCAAAAGGAACAAGUAGAGACAAUCGUGGUGACUUGCCCUGACCAUCUACACAACGAAUACAUCGUUCCCGCGCUCGAAGCAGGAGUCCGGGUCUUGACUGAAAAGCCAAUGACCACCGACAUCGACAAGUGCCGCCAGAUUUUGGAAACUAUUCAGCGAACGGGGCAGCACUUGACCGUCACCUUCAAUUAUCGUUACAACCCAGUGCAUGAGCUAGUUAAGCGCACGAUUGCUGAGGGUAAGAUCGGAAAAGUUCUUUCGGUCCAUUUUGAAUGGCUGCUGGACACGGUACACGGAGCGGAUUAUUUCAGAAGAUGGCAUCGGUCCAAAGCAAACUCGGGAGGACUGAUGGUCCACAAAAGCGGCCACCACUUCGAUCUCGUAAACUGGUGGAUCGACUCUGAACCCGAGACAGUCGCAGGUUUCGGAAAGCUUGCGUUUUAUGGCGACAAAGCAGGGAAAGAACAUGGUUGGGCAAGAGACUAUGAACGAGCACGCGGAAGCGACCAAGCCAGAGAUGACCCAUUUGCAAUCAACAUAGAGGCUGACCCGGAAUUGAAAGGGCUUUACGCUGACGCAGAGGGUGAAGACGGCUACCAUCGAGACCAGAACGUCUUCGCGCCAGGCAUCGGGAUUGAGGACGAUAUGUCUGUUAUGGUCCGUUAUGUGAACGGAGUGACGAUGACCUACCAUUUGACAGCAUACUCGCCAUGGGAGGGCUAUCGCGUCAUGUUCAAUGGCUCUCAAGGUCGACUUGAGUUAAAUGUUGUCGAGUCGCAGUUCCGUGUACCAAACACAGCCGAUGGACUUGUUCAUGGCAUUUCCGCACUUCCCAACGCAGGAGAUGCAACCGUGGUUCUGCACAACUUGUGGCAGAAACCGGUCAAUCUUCCGGUUAUUUAUGACCACGCUGGGCAUGGAGGAGGGGAUGCGAGAAUGUUGAGCGUAUUGUUUGGACCGUUGGUUGGGGCUGAACCGGAGACUGGUGACGCGGCAAAGCAGAGUGCAAACGAAAGGGAUGGAGCCAUGGCUUUGGUGGUUGGGCUGUUGGCGAACGAGAGCUUCAAAACGGAGAAAUUCUUGAGUGUAAAGGACUUGAAUUUGCCAUUGUAA